AUGGAAGCGAAGGUUUGUGUACUUAUUGAUGCAGAAAAUGGAGAGUGGAAAGCUGAUCUGAUCCGGGAAGUCUUCCUGGAGCACGAGGCUGACUCCAUACUGAGCAUCCCCUUAGGCACAUUACUACCAGCUGAUAGACUAGUAUGGACAACAGCUGCUAAUGGGAAAUUUAGUGUGAAGAGUGCAUAUAACUUAGCUAGAAGUGGUGAGAAGAAGGAUGGGGGAGAGAGCUCAGAUUCUUCAAUCAUGAAACAUUUUUGGCAGAAAUUACGGAGAGCAAAGGUCCCAAAUAUGGUUAGAGUUUUUGGAUGUAAAGCUUGCCAAAACUUUUUGCCUACAAAAAUGAAUCUAUUCCAUAGGCAAGUAACUGAUGACCCAACCUGUGAAGAAUGUGGCCUUGAACCCGAAACUGUCCUCCAUGUGCUCUGUCAAUGCCCGAAGGCCAAAGAAGUUUGGACCCAUUGUCAUCUGCUUCAUCGAAUUGAGGGCAAAGGAGAUUUUACUGAUGUGCUUUGUUUUAAUGGAAUGAAUCAGGAUCAAGACUCAAACCUGAUGCAUAUGAUUUUGAUGAUUGCGUGGAGUCUAUGGCGAAAUAGAAAUGAAAAGAGGUAUAGGGGAAAAAACCUUGUAGCUGCUGCAAUAUAUAGGACAGCCAUGACAAUGCUACAGGAAAAUUAUUCAACCCAAGAAAAUGUAAGCCAAACUCAGGAUGUCUCACCCAUGCCAGAAUAA